AUGUCUAACCUGAGCAGCAGUAGUGCUAGUGGCAAGAAUGUGAACUUCCAAGGAUGCAGCCACUCGAACGACGGAAGUGUUUCCACCUGGGACGCCGAUUGUAGUGAUAUCAAGAGUGAAGAAACUGUGAAAAGCUCGUUUAAAAUUUUGUUGAGAAGUAGCCUCUUCACCGUUUUGUUGUUGGCGGUGCAUUGGUCCAAUAGCAAUGGCCCCUAUAGUCAAUGGAAGGGAGAAGCGACAAAUGAGGUGAAAGUGCAACGAAAUAGAAGAAUGCUAUACAACAACACUGGGCGUUAUGUUAGUAGCGACUACAAUGCAUCAAUGGAAAAUUUGGCUGGCUCUAGGGAAAAUAACGAACAAACAUUUAGAAAUAUGGAGAAUGAUUUUCGAUACCCCAAUUUUAUGUACAACUCAUUGAAUCAACAAAACAAUGUUAGCAAUUCGUUGUAUUCUAAUUUGAAUAAUAAUGCUUUAUUUUAUAUAUUUUCAUUCAUCGCUGGGUUAUUUCUUAUAAGUCAAGUGGGAGCUGAGCGAUUGUUUUUUCUUGCCUCUGCUAUGGGUAUAGCAUACCAUAUUAGAAAAUCUGUGAGGUCUAGUUGA